AUGACAUUAGAUAUUCAAAAGGUUAAAGAGUUCUCAAACAAGGUUUGGGACGAACAAAUCAUUCCAACUCUUUCUAAAUACAUUGAAAUCCCAAAUCAAUCUCCACUCUUUGAUAAGGAUUGGGCAACUAAUGGAUACACUGAUCAAGCUAUGCAACUCAUUUUCAACUGGGUCAAGGCUCAAGAUGUAAAAGGAAUGUCUGUUGAAAUCAAGACUAUUCCAGAUCACACUCCAAUCAUUUUCAUCGUCAUUGAACCAACACGUGAAAACCCAAAGAAUGUUUUGUUGUAUGGUCACAUGGACAAGCAACCACCUCUUCCAGAGCUCUGGGAUGCUGAUUUGGGUCCAUACAAGGCUGUCGUAAAGAAUGGCAAAUUAUUUGGUCGUGGUGGUGCCGAUGAUGGUUACAGUACCUUUGCCUCUAUUGCUGCUGUUCAAGCUCUUCAACAACAAAACAUUCCACAUGACAGAUAUGUUAUCAUUAUUGAAGGUUCAGAGGAAAGUGGAAGUGUUCAUUUACCAGCUUACAUUACCAAGCUUGAAAAGGAAAUCGGUGUUCCAGCUUUGGUUGUCUGUUUGGACAGUGGUUCUGGAAACUAUGAUCAAUUAUGGAUGACAUCAAGUCUUCGUGGUGUAUUGACUGGAGAUUUAACUGUAAAGGUUUUGGAUCAAGCCAGUCAUUCUGGAAGUGCCUCUGGUAUUGUUCCAUCAUCAUUCCGUAUUGCCAAGCAAUUGAUUAGUCGUAUCGAAGACGAGUUGACUGGUGAAAUCCACAAGGAUCUCCAAGUUGAAAUCCCAAGCUACCGUAUCGAUCAAAUCAAGUUGUGCUCUGAAGUACUCGGUAACACCAUCUUUGAGGAAUUCGAAUGGGCUGGCAAAACCCACCCAGUCACCAAGGACUUGAUCCAACUCCACAUCAACAAGACAUGGAAGCCAACCCUCUGUGUCACUGGUGUCGAAGGUAUCCCACCAUGUUCCAACGCCGGAAACGUCUUGAGAACUCACACCACCCUCAAGUUGUCUGUCCGUCUCCCACCAUCGAUGACUGCUGAAAAGGCCACCAAGGUCUUGAAGGAAAUCCUCGAAAAGGAUCCACCAUACGGUGCCUCUGUCACAUUCAAGUGUGACAAAUCUGCAACUGGUUGGGAUUCUCCAGCCGUUCAACCAUGGUUGGAUGCUGCUCUUGGAGAAGCUUCCCAUACCUUCUAUGGAAAGCCACACGUCUACAUGGGCGAAGGUGGCACUAUUCCCUUCAUGGGGCUUCUUGGGUACGCCGUUUGCGAUAUAGGGUUUACCUAUCUUUUAAUCUACAGUACUGUAGGUGAAAAGUUCCCACAAGCUCAAUUUGUCAUCACUGGUUUGUUGGGUCCAGGAAGCAAUGCUCACUCUGGUAACGAAUCUUUGGAUAUCGAGUAUGGAAAGAAGUUGUUGGGUUGUAUCAUCUAUAUGUUGGAUCGUCAAGCCAAACAAUAA